CGCGUGGGGGGUGCCUGUGCAGGUAUUUAAUUUUUUUUAUUAUUAUUUUAUCUUUUCUUGGGAGGGGGAAUGGGGGGGCGUAUGACAGGAAGAUGGGGAUAUGGCAAGGAGAGGGAGAUAUGGAGAGGACGAGGAGGAUGUGGACGAGGAGGAGGAGUCGGGAUGGGGGAGUGGAAGAGAUGGACGUAGGGAAAAGAGGAAGGGCAGGAGGAGGAGGACGAGUGGGAGGAGGAGGAGACAUGGACGGCGAGGAAGGGGAGGACACGAGGAGGCAUGGAAGAUGAGGAAGUACGAGGAGGAGGAGGAGACAAGGAGGAUGGGGAAGGGCAGGAGGAGGAGGACGAGUGGGAGGAGGAGGAGACAUGGACGGCGAGGAAGGGGAGGACACGAGGAGGCAUGGAAGAUGAGGAAGUACGAGGAGGAGGAGGAGACAAGGAGGAUGGGGAAGGGCAGGAGGAGGAGGACGAACAGGAGGAUGAGGAGGAGACGAAAAGGAGAAGGGAGGAGGAGACAUGGAGGAUGAGGAAUGGGAGGAGGAGCAAGGCCUUACAACCGGAAGACGAAAGACGGCUUCGUGCCGAACGCAGAGCCCGUGCUCUAGCAGCAGCCCAGGAAACAGCACUAGCUGCAAGUCAGGCGUUGGCAGCAGCAAACGCAGCAGCUAGAGAGCAGGCAGCAGCAGCCAGAGCGGCAGCAAUGGCAAAUGGCGGAGCCUCGACUGCGUCAUCUGCUGCGUCCUCGUUUGCAUCCUCGUCUGGGACCCAUUUGGGAAUGCCCAUUGGGCCCUCGGGCACUUCCGGGGCAGUAAGUUCUGGUCGGUCCACAAGUCAAAUGGCGGGCCCGCAGUUAAGCCCAUUGACCCCACGCGGUAGGGAGCUUCUAGAGCUCCAACAGGUCAAAAGGAUCCACAAACGGUUAGAGAGGGAACUGAAACAAGCUACCGACAGAGAAAGAGAGAUUAAAAAUAGAACAGCCAGGCUUGAUACGUUAGAGGCAGACAAGGCUGCAUUAGAGGGUUUGGAUGAGUCAGCAAUGUCUGACCAACUGAAGGUAUUGAAGAACAAUAUGUUGUCGUUGCAUGCGCACGUGGACAGCAGAUUGGACUUUAUGCAGAACUCUCUAGAUCAGAUUUUGGAUCUUUUGCAAAGGCCAGGAUAUAGGCCAGCAGCACAGUCGUCGUUGCCGUUAACGGCGAUGUCAGGCCCCUUUCCUAUACAAGCUGGCACACAACCAAGUGGCACGUCUGCAGCAGCCCCACAGACUGUUGCUUCUUCGUCUUCUGGGUCAGCGAUGGUAGCUACACCACCGCAACAACCUGUUGCUCUACAGGGACAGCCGCAAGGUCAAUGGUACCCUAAGACCCCUAUGAAACCACCUCUUGCCUUCUCAGGUGAGAAGAAGAAUGAAGAACUCAACACUUGGUUAAGAACAGUCCCGGUUUGGGUGAAGGCGAAGAGGACCUUGCAGGAGGAGGAGGUGAUUACUGCUGCAUCUUACCUCGAGGGUAAGGAAGCCAAAUGGCUAGAUGGUUUAGCUGCAAAGGCUGGGUACGGACGACGCAUGGCGGACUGGGCAAAGACUAUUACGUUAGACCAGUUCAUGGAGAUGGUAGAAUCUCGACGGCACAAUCCACAACAGGCGCAAAUGGCCACUGAUGCGAUGCAUAGACUAGACCAGAGAAAGUUUAAGUCAGUCAGAGAGCUUACGACUACCGUGGAAAGUCUCAUCGUCGUCCCGGGCAUCAACUACGACAACCAGUUCCUGUUGACCACAUUUGUAAGAUGUCUCCCAGAGAACCUCAGGAACUUGCUGGCCAGCGAGGCUCGCCUCAAGUAUCACUCGUUUGAAACAUUGUCUAGAAAAACCUUAGACUUAGAGGCCACUCUAGGGAAUGCUCAACCUACUCAGAAUGACGCGAGGAAGAAGAAGAGUCCGCAGGAAUGGAAGAAGAAGGGGGCUAAAUUGAUGAUGGUUGAGUCGGAUGGGACUCAAACAGAAAUUGAUGAGCUCACAGACCUACUGGACGUUUCAAAGUACGACGGCGAGGAGGUCGCUGAGGGUAGCACCCUCGCCGCAGUAGUUAAGGCUAAGGCUGGUGGCCGAGUGAAGGGCCAACCAAAGAGUCAAGGGAAGGCCGCCUCCAAUCAGACCAAAGUUGCUGAUUGGGUCAAGGCAGGUCUUGAUCAAGAAGUGUGGCGGGACCGCCGAGUAACUGUGGUGAAUACGGACACACCAGUACAAGUGCCAGAACGCAAAGGAACAUUCCAGCACGCCAUGAAUCGGAUCUUCCAUGACCAUUUAGACAAGUUUGUCGUGGUUUACCUUGACGACAUUCUGAUCUUUAGUAAGUCUGCUGAGGAGCAUGCACAGCACGUUGAGACUGUACUUUCACUUCUGCGACAGCACAAGUAUAAGGUCAACCUAGAGAAGUGUGAGUUUGGUUGCACUAAGAUAUUAUACUUGGGUCAUGAAGUAUCCGCGGAAGGGAUUAGGCCGGAAGAUGUGAAGGUGGCUAGUAUUCGAGACUGGCUACGACCUCAGACAGUCACUGAGGUCAGAUCUUUCUUAGGAAUGUGCGGCUACUGUAGGAACUUCGUAAAGAACUAUUCUACAGUUGCCUCUCCUUUGACAGAUCUAACUCGACUUGACACGCCGUGGGACUGGAGUGAUGAGUGCGAGGGUGCUUUCAAGCGAUUGAAGCAUGCACUUAUGAAUCACGAAGUUCUCAUGGUUCCCGAUCCUCAGAAGCCAUUCAUAGUGACCACUGACGCAAGCCAAUACGACAUUAGCGCAGUGCUGGCUCAACAAGAUGGGAAGAAGUUGAGACCGAUUGAGUACAUGAGCAAGAAGAUGCCAUCGAAGAAAUUGGCAAACUCCACCUACGAAAGGGAACUCUAUGCUCUUUAUAAGGCCCUUGUCCAUUGGAGACAUUUCCUGUUGGGACGGUUCUUCUAUUUGAGGACUGACCAUCGGACUCUCAAAUGGAUCAAGACUCAACCGGCUCUUUCUGAUGCACUCAAGCGAUGGAUUGAGGUCAUAGAUCAGUAUGACUUCAAGCUUGAGUAUCUGAAGGGGGAGUACAACAAGGUUGCAGAUGCGCUAUCUCGACAGAGUGUUUCCAUGGAUUUCAUGGACACCCUGGUGACCAGUAAGAGCGGCAAGAGGCACAUCUUCGUCAUCAUCGAUCGAUUUACCAAGUACGCUAGACUAGUUGCCAUGCCAGAGACCGCAAGAACUGACCAUGUCAUCGUUUAUGGACAACUGGGGAAUCAUCCCGAAGCCAAUGGGCAAGCCGAACAGAUGAACCUAGUUGUACAACACUUGCUGAGGCAUUACAUCAAGCCUAGCCAGGAUGAUUGGGAUGAGAAGUUGCUUCUCAUCGCCAGCCUUUACAACAACGCUGUACACAGCAGUACUGGCGUCAGUCCUAAUCAACUGCACUUGGGAUGGAAGCCUAGAUCAGCUCUAGACUUCCUCCUACCCGAAAACCGAUCCUCUGCAACUCCGGGCACACUUGAGUAUGGUGUGCAAUAUGAGAAGUUGCUGCAGCAAGCUGUUGUGCACAUCAGGAAAUCCCAGCAAGCAAUGAUUGCUUCUGAGAACAAACACCGUUGGCAGUCCUCAUUUCAGAUGCGCAAAGGACAACCCAAAGCAGCUAUGGCUGCUCUGGCUCAGGCGGCCAUGUCCAACCCUGCCUUGAAGCUUCUUGGUGUGGCUCUCCCCGGCUGGGGACUCCUUGCUGCAGCGCCCACCAAGGUGAUGAAGAUGGCUGCCACCAUAGCCAGGACCUUAGACGAGGGAGAAGAAAGACGGCUUCGUGCCGAACGCAGAGCCCGUGCUCAUGCAACAUCGAGAGCAGCAGCAAACGUUGCAGCUAGGGAACAGGCUGCAGCAGCAGCCAGGGCAGCAGCCAUGACUUCUUCUGCAAUAUCCUCCGCUGCAACUUCAGUUGCGUUCUCGUCUGGACCCCAGUUUGGAAUGCCAACAGGGUCCACGGGCACUUCCAGUUCAACAGGUUCUAGACAGUCUACAAGUCAAAUGGCGGGCUCGMAGUUCAGCCCGUUGACUCCUCGCGAAAGGGAGAUGAGGGAGCUCCAACAGGUCGAAAGGAUCCGUGUACGAUUAGAGAAGGAACUGAAAGAAGCUACCGAUAGAGAAAAAGAGAUAAAGAGUAGAACAGUGAGGCUUGAAACGUUAGCGGCUGACAAGGCUGAGUUAGAGGGUAUGGACGACUUUGGAAUGAAUGAGCCCAUCAAAGUGUUGAGGAACAACAUGUUGUCCCUGCAUGCGCACGUAGACAGUAGGUUGGACUUCAUGCAGAGCACUUUGGACCAGAUCCUGGACAUUUUGACAAGACCAGGAUUUAGGCCACCAGCACAAUUGCCGUUGCCAUUAUCGGCGAUGUCAGGCCCCUUUCCCGUUCAAGUUGGCACGCAGCCACGUGGCACAUCUGCAGCAGCCGCACAGACUAUUGCAUCUUCUUCUUCGGGUCCAGUGGUGAUAGCUACUCCGCCACAACAACCUGUUCAGCAAUCUGGACAGCCGCAAGGUCAAUGGUAUCCCAAGACCCCAAUGAAACCACCUCUUGCCUUCUCAGGCGAGAGAAAGGACGAGGAACUCAACACAUGGUUGAGAACGGUCCCGGUUUUGGUGAAGGCAAAGAGGACCUUGCCUGAGGACGAAGUGGUAACUGCGGCGUCUUACCUAGAGGGUAAGGCCGCCAAAUGUUUAGAUGGUGUAGUUGUGAAGGUCGGGUACGGGCGACGCAUGGCGGACUGGGCUAAGUCUUUGACUUUAGACCAAUUCAUGGACAUGGUAGAAGCUCGAUGGCAUAAUCCGCAGGAGGCGCAAAGCGCCACGCAGAUGCAUCUAGACCAAACUAUGCUCUGUACGUUAGAUGUGUCUGAACCCUUAGAAGACUUAGAAGGCGAAUGGUCAAACAAGGACCCUCGCGAGUCUUGGGUGGCGCUGAAGAAGGGUCCUAGAGGGGAACAUUUCGUGGUGGAAGUGGAUGUAGGAGGCCGCAAAUAUGUCGCCUCUCCUUUGAAUGAUUUAACUCGACUUGACACAUCGUGGGACUGGAGUGAUGAGUGCGAGGGUGCUUUCAAGAGAUUGAAGCAUGCACUCGUGAAUCAUGAAGUUCUCAUGGUUCCCGAUCCGCAAAAGCCAUUCAUAGUGACCACUGACGCAAGCCAAUACGGCAUUGGCGCAGUGCUGGCUCAACAGGAUGGGAAAAAGUUGAGACCGAUUGAGUACAUGAGUAAGAAGAUGCCAUCGAAGAAAUUGGCUAAGUCCACCUACGAAAGGGAACUCUACGCUCUCUACAAGGCACUUGUCCAUUGGAGACGCUUCCUUUUGGGAAGGUUCUUCUAUCUGAGGACUGAUCAUCAUACCCUCCAAUGGAUCAAGACUCAACCGACUCUUUCUGAUGCACUCAAGCGAUGGAUUGAGGUCAUAGAUCAAUAUGACUUCAAGCUUGAGUACUUGAAGGGAGAGUACAACAAGGUUGCAGACGCGCUAUCCCGUAUAGCAGACUACCUAGGUGCGCUAGUUUCUGUCUUUGGCGUAUCUGAAGAAGUAACUCAAUCAUUGGUGGGAGCCUAUCAGGAAGACCCUGUCACGAUGGACAUCAUUCGCAAGCUUCAGGCAAAAGACAAGGCCACAGAAAGUGAGUUUGUGAUGGUGGAUGGGUUACUCUAUCUUGAUAAGGCAGGAAUGAAAAGGACCCUAGACGAGGGAGAAGAAAGACGGCUUCGUGCCAAACGCAGAGCCCGUGCUUUCGCAGCAUCGAGAGAAGCGGCAAACCUUGCAGCUAGGGAACAGGCUGCAGCAGCAGCCAGGGCAGCAGCCAUGACUUCUUCAGCAGCAUCCUCCGCUGCAACUUCUGCUGCGUUCUCGUCUGUACCCCAGUUUGGAAUGCCAACAGGGUCCACGGGCACUUCCAGUUCAACAGGUUCUAGACAAUCUACAAGUCAAAUGGCGGGCUCGCAGUACAACCCGUUGACUCCUCGCGAAAGGGAGAUGAGAGAGCUCCAACAGGUCGAAAGGAUCCGUGCACAGUUAGAGAAGGAUCUGAAAGAGGCUACCAAUAGAGAAAAAGAGAUAAAGAAUAGAACAGCCAGGCUUGAAACGUUAGAGUCUGACAAGGCUGACUUGGAGGGCUUAGAUGACUUAGGAAUGAAUGAGCCCAUGAAAGUGUUGAGGAACAACAUGCUGUCGCUGCAUGCGCAUGUGGACAACAGGUUGGACUUCAUGCAGAGCACUUUGGACCAAAUCCUGGACAUCCUAACAAAGCCAGGAUUUAGGCCACCAGCACAAUUGCCGUUGCCGUUAUCGGCGAUGUCAGGCCCAUUUCCAGUUCAAGUUGGUUCACAACCAAGUGGUACGUCCGCAGCAGCCGCACAGACUGUUGCAUCUUCUUCUUCGGGUCCAGCGGUGAUAGCUACAUCACCGCAACAACCUGUUCAGCAACCUGGACAAACGCAAGGUCAAUGGUAUCCUAAGACCCCAAUGAAACCGCCUCUUGCCUUCUCAGGCGAGAGGAAGGACGAGGAACUCAACACAUGGUUGAGAACGGUCCCGGUAUGGGUGAAGGCAAAGAGGAUCUUGCCUGAGGACGAAGUGGUAACUGCUUCAUCCUACCUUGAGGGUAAGGCAGCCAAGUGGCUAGAUGGAGUAGUUGUAAAGGCCGGGUACGGGCGACACAUGGCCGAUUGGGCUAAGUCUUUGACUCUAGACCAAUUCAUGGAAAUGGUAGAAGCUCGAUGGCAUAAUCCACAGGAGGCGCAAAGGGCCACUGAUGCCAUUAACAAACUGGACCAGCGCAAGUUCAGUGAUGAGUGCGAAGGUGCUUUUAAGAGAUUGAAGCAUGCACUCAUGAAUCAUGAAGUUCUCAUGGUUCCCGAUCCACAGAAGCCGUUCAUAGUGACCACUGACGCAAGCCAAUACGGCACUGGCGCAGUGCUGGCUCAGCAGGAUGGGAAAAAGUUGAGACCGAUUGAGUACAUGAGUAAGAAGAUGCCAUCGAAGAAGUUGGCUAAGUCCACCUACAAAAGGGAACUCUAUGCUCUCUACAAGGCACUUGUCCAUUGGAGACACUUCCUUUUGGGAAGGUUCUUCUAUCUAAGGACUGAUCAUCAGACCCUCAAAUGGAUCAAGACUCAACCGGCUCUUUCUGAUGCUCUCAAGCGAUGGAUUGAGGUCAUAGACCAAUAUGACUUCAAGCUUGAGGACAUGAAGGGAGAGUAUAACAAGGUUGCGGAUGCGCUAUCCCGUAGAGCAGACUACCUAGGUGCAUUUGUUUCUGAAUUUGGCGUAUCUAAUGAAGUAACUCAAUCAUUGGUGGGAGCCUAUCAGGAAGACCCUGUCACGAUGGACAUCAUCCUCAAACUUCAGGCAAAAGACAAGGCCACAGAAAGUGAGUUUGUGAUGGUGGAUGGGCUAAUCUAUCUUGAUAAGGCCGGAGUAAAGAGAUUGGUAGUUCCAUCUAGUGAACAGUUGUGUAGUUUAUUUUUAGGAGAAUGUCAUGACGCAACUGGGAACUUUGGCUACGAGAAGACGACUUCUAACUUAGUACAACGAUUUUGGUGGCCCAGAAUGUUAGAUGACGCAAAGAAGUAUGUUGAGACCUGUCAGGUCUGUCAGCGGGACAAGCCGCGAACUCAAGCACCGCUUGGGUUAUUGAAGCCGUUACCUAUUCCUGAUGGUCCAGGAUUGAGUGUUUCCAUGGAUUUCAUGGACACUCUUGUGACCAGCAAGAGUGGGAAUCAUCCCGAAGCCAACGGACAAGCCGAACAGAUGAAUAGAGUUGUACAGCACUUGCUGAGGCAUUACAUCAAGCCCAGCCAGGAUGACUGGGAUGAGCAGUUACCUCUCAUCGCCAACCUGUACAACAAUGCUCUACAUAGCAGUACCGGCGUUAGUCCUAACCAUCCGCACUUAGGAUGGAAGCCUAGAUCAGCAUUAGACUUCCUCCUACCUGAAAACCGACGUGCUACAACUCGAGGCACACUUGAAUACGGUGUGCAAUAUGAGAAGUUGCUGCAAGAGGCUGUUGAACAUAUGAAGAAGGCUCAGCAAGCCAUGAUUGCUUCUGAGAAUCAACAUCGCAGGCAGUCCACAUUUCAGGUAGGGGAACGUGUCUGGGUCAAGGCUAGUGAGUUAGGACAGGAAUUCGGAAUAUCUCGCAAACUAAUGCCUCAGAACUUUGGUCCCUGGGAAGUCUUUGAUGUAGUGGGAGAUGAAAUGGAUGGUCCUACGUACGUCAUUCGUGUCCCUGGUCAUCUACGCACUCACCCAGUCUUUCAUGCCUCAAAGCUUGCACCUUUCGCUGAGACUGAUCAAUUCCCUUCCAGGAGAUCGAUGCUGCCCCCAACCAUGGAUGGACAAGUGGACAUCGACGACAUUGUGGAUCACAGGGAUAUGCCUGUUCCACGAGGAAGACCUCCUAAACCCAAGAGCGAGUACCGGAUCAGAUUCAGGCAUCAUACGGAUCCUUAAGAAGAUCGGUGGUUUACCUGGGAGGAACUGAUGGAAACAGCUCCUCAGGUGGUGGCAGAUUAUGAACGGAAGCUAAAAGGGAAGGCACCUGCAAAGAAUAUGGCCAGGGCAAUGGGGCACCCACUACAAUUCAACACUGUCGAGUUUUCUAUGUAUUCGUGCGUUCGGUGACAGAUAAAGAACGACAAACCACAUCAUUCGUCCAUCCAAUUUAUUUCUUUUCCUAUCUAUCCCUCCAUCCGGUGACAAAAAAUGCACAUCGUCUGUUUAUCGGAGUCCAUCCAGUUCUGUAACUCUUUUUUUUUUUUUUUUUUUUUUUUCCCCUGUUAAGUCGAUCGCAGAGUUGAACUAGAAAUACAGGAAAGGUGAAAUGUUGCAUCAUUCGAUUCCAGUCCGGUUGGUUCGGCAUCAGGAAUAUCUGUGUGCGGCAUGGUUCUAUGAAGUUCUAUCAAUUCCAUGAGCCUCUUUCGGUAUUUCCUCCAAGGUGGCAAGUCGUUCAGAGGAGGAGAGGGCCUUUUAAACCACCAGUACUUGGCCCAGCUAUCGAUGCCAAGCCUGAAAACGGGCUGCGCGCCGUUUGGCGUCGACAUGCCAGCGCAACAAAAAAAACUUUUGGCU